UUGAGCAUCGCGAUGUAUUUUCCUACCACGCUGAUAUUUAAUCGGUGAAUUAGGGGCCCCAAAGACACUCUCCCUCUCGGUUUCAGCCUUUCCGACCUCUGUCAAAAACUCUGUUUCAUCCCGGAAAUGUGAACUUGGCCGGAAGUCUCGCGGCUCCACUUUUAACGAGGAGACAUUCUUAUGUCUGAGUACACCGCUCCUUUCUCCCGAGGAAUAAAAGGCUGGCUGGCGUUCUUCAACGAUAAGCAAUCAGCUUACCCUCUCACGACCCACACGACAUCUCACGAGCUCUCUUCAUCCCUUGACGAACUUUCAUCCUCAGCUAUUACCCUCAUCAGCUUCAAUAUGCUUACAAGAUUUGCUCCUCUGGCUGUGCUGUCUGUUGUCCCUCUGGCUGCCGCCAAUCUGGUCCUCGGGAACAGCGGCGCCGACGCCGCUGCUGCAGCGACCGUCACCGUCACCGUCACCCAGACAGCAUCCGUCUGCUCUGGCACGAUCACGCCUUCCUCUUCGAACAACUCUGGCUUCGUCGCCGCGGCUGUUCAGCAAGCGUCUGCCGCCGCGUCCGGUGUAAACCGUGUCGGCGGUGCAGCGAAGAACGUUGUUCCCUCCGUCAACAACGCAGUCGUCUCACCUGCUGCUGCACAAGCGGGCAGUGCAGCUUCUGUCGUGGGAGGCGCUGCGUCUUCGAUCGCGCCAGCCGCAUCUUCAAUCGUCGGAUCGGCCAAAGGCGUGGUGUCCUCGAUUGUUCCUAUCCCCUCGUCUGCUGCAGGCGCGGCUAUUCAUGCCGCCAAUGCUGUUGUGCCUGCCGCUUCAUCUGCUGCGUCUGGCGCCGCCUCUCUUAUCUACGGUGUCGCCUCGUCCAUUGCGCCUGCUGCCUCGUCCGUCGUGGGCACGGCCAAGCAAGUCGUCGCGCCAGUCCCCGCCAAUGCAGUCGCUGCUGCCGCCGGUGCUCAGUCGUCCCUCGCAGCGACUAGCGGCGCUGCCAACGUCGCCGCCAACGCUGCUGCGAAUGCGGCUUUGUCGGGCUCAGACUCAUCGAGCGCUUCUUCCCUCGUGAGGGGUGUCGAGGAAGGCGCUGCAGACCUUGUGAGGAUGAUCAAAGUCUUGCCGACUCUCUCGUACACCUCGGCUGCGGCUUCCCAGGCUGUUGUGCAGAAACUUGGGCCCUUCAUCCAGGCGUUCUACACUUCAGUGAACAGCAUUAACAUGUCCCGCACGGCCUUCAGCCUGAGCCAAAUCAAGAGCAUGAACGCGGCCCUGACCUCGUUCCAGACGGCGUACAAUGGAAUCAACUCGUCCGGUAAGGUGUCGUCCCAGGUACUGGCCUCGUUCAAGGUACUUGGACCUGUCUUCACGAAUGCCGCCCCCACGUUGGGACCGUCCAGCCCUGCUCUGUCUCUUGCUCAGCUCUUGGCUUGAUUCGCUCCCCACGCGGUCGGAAAUUAGAUAUGUUGUACAGUAGUGUAGAAAUUUAGCUUUUCUGGGACUUUUCUCAUCCCCUCGCGUGUGCUCAAUGUGACUUUGACCAAGUUUCUCAAUGCACAUGUGAACCUGUUAUGGAUGUUCCCCAUUGACUAUCUGAUUAGGGUUUGUAUGCCCAUUGUGCCCAUACGCACGCUCCUUUCCAUUCGUGCGGCUCAGUGCAUCAACAUCUGUUGGCGGCAACUCCCUCGAUUCCAACUUUGGCGAAGAGGCAAAUGCUCCAAACAGAGAGCUAGACGGAUUGUUCCCUGCCAGACACAAUGCGUCGAGGAGCAUGCUAAAUUGUGCUUGAUCCAAGCCGCUUCCGAGGCAGAGUCACUGUCCACUCACUCGUUCUCUGCUUGCAGUUUCGCGAGCUUGGCGUUGGCGACGUCCAGCUCCGACUCGAAUGUAGCUCGUUGCUAGCACCCACAUCGGUAAACCAGACCACACGACAGCAAUCAGCACGACUCACAGCUGUGACCCGCGUGUACUUCUCCCUCAGCGCGUGAAACCUAGCAACCGCGACCACUGCUCGUCAGCCCGGCGACAUCCCGCACCGCACGCGUCACGACGCACUUCUCUUUGUACCGGGAGGCCCUGUGCGACGGGGGGACGAUCUGCGGGCGUGAGACACGUCGCGGCGCGCCCUGCCAGGGGAGAGGUGGCACACGCACCGUUCCUGUCAUGCCGCCCGUGCUCAGUGGCUCGCCGUCGUUGGCGGCGGGCACGGAGAGCCGGAAGCGGUGCUGGCGCACGGCGACGCCCUCGAGCAGCUUGACUUCCUCGCUGGAGGGCAUGGUGGGCUGGGGUGGGGGUGAUAGCCAACUGCGGCAGCCCACACACUUGCGAUCACGGACAAACACGCGACAGCAACCUCAACGCCGAUGGUCCGAACUUGGAAGGUGACUGAUGGGUGGUACCUGGGGACGGUUUGUUAUCGCUAUACCAGCCUGCAGGCACCACGCUCUGACUGCGUG